CGAUAAUGGCCCCUGCUCUUGAAGUUCUGUUUGCGCAGACUACUGAAGCUUAUCGCAAGGACCCUUUCGCUUUGAACCCGGUGUUGGAAAUCGUGGAUGCGUCGAAGGGCAGCUUGGGCAUUUACCACGGUGCGGCAGUCGAAGAUCCCAGCAUCCUAGUGAUCUUGGUUCCCUGGGCCACGCUCGAGGACCAUAAUGCCCUCAUCAACGACAAGGAACGUUACGCGAAGCUUGUCGAGGUGUUCGCCAAGGCAGGGGACGUCAGCACAAUCAAUCUCUUCCAUGUCUACUUCGACGGCGACCUCGCGACUGUUCUUAAUGCCCCAUUCACAUCCUUUACUCAUAUCAUCUCGGCGAAGCCGGGUAAGACGAACGACGAUCUGCAGGCAACUGUCAAGACUUUGGCGAGCUUGCCUCAGGUCACGGGCUGUCAUGGCGGUAGUUUCGCCAAGGCCGUGGAGAAGGACGAGUACGUAAUGUUGUACGGAUGGGAUGAUCCCAAAAUACAUCACGCGGCAGCUGAGCUGGAGGAGACGCAGAAAGCCGUGAAACAAGCCGCGGAAGUCAUCGACCAGAUAAAGUACGGACACGUGAAGCUCGUCACUUAUAAGAGGUACCAGUCGUGAAUACUUGACUCAACUUUGUACCAACGUAAACAGGUCCAAAAUACUAUGUUCUCUCUAU